AUGGAUGAAUGUGAUAGUGGUGGGCCUGGUAGCGAUAAGGGUUUGGGAGCUGAUGAGGAGGGAAGCACCGCCCCUCUUCCUGAAAGGGUUCAGGUUGGUGGCUCUCCACAAUAUAGAAUUGAGAAGAAACUGGGUAAAGGCGGGUUUGGGCAAGUGUAUGUAGGUCGAAGGAUCAACUCUCCAAUCCCAAAUGAAAGAACAGGUCCAGGGGCUCUGGAGGUUGCUUUGAAAUUUGAGCACCGAAGUAGCAAAGGCUGUAAUUAUGGCCCACCUUACGAGUGGCAAGUCUACAGUGCACUUGGUGGCAGCCAUGGAAUACCGCGUGUACACUACAAAGGACGCCAGGGUGAUUAUUACAUUAUGGUUAUGGAUAUGCUUGGCCCUAGUCUAUGGGAUGUCUGGAACAACAAUUCCCACACGAUGUCCAUCGAGAUGGUAGCAUGUAUUGCUAUUGAAGCCAUCUCCAUUUUAGAGAAAUUGCACUCUAAAGGAUAUGUGCACGGCGAUGUAAAACCUGAGAAUUUUUUGCUUGGUCCACCUGGAACACCUGAUGAGAAAAAACUUUUUCUGGUGGAUCUUGGAUUAGCUACCCGGUGGCGUGAUAUUUCGACGGGUUUGCAUGUGGAUUAUGAUCAACGUCCGGAUGUAUUCAGAGGUACUGUGCGGUACGCCAGUGUACAUGCCCAUCUUGGAAGAACGGGUAGCCGAAGGGAUGAUUUAGAGUCCCUUGCUUAUACACUCAUUUUUCUUCUCCGUGGCCGACUUCCUUGGCAAGGGUAUCAGGGUGAGAAUAAAGGUUUCCUUGUUUGCAAAAAGAAGAUGGCAACUUCCCCAGAAGCUCUUUGUUGCUUCUGCCCUGCACCUUUUAGACAGUUUGUCGAGUACAUUGUUGGCUUAAAGUUCGACGAGGAGCCUAAUUAUGCAAAAUAUAUAUCCCUAUUUGAUGGAAUAGUUGGUCCAAAUCCCGACAUUAGGCCAAUCAAUACUGAAGGUGCUCAAAAGCUUAUAUAUCAAGUGGGACAUAAGAGAGGACGGCUUAUGUUGGAUGAUGAUGAUGACCAGCAACCCAAAAAGAAAGUCCGCAUGGGGAUGCCGGCUACACAGUGGAUUAGUGUGUAUAAUGCUCGGCGCCCAAUGAAGCAAAGAUAUCACUAUAAUGUCUCGGAUAUUAGGCUGGCUCAGCACAUUGAAAAAGGAAAUGAGGAUGGAUUAUACAUCAGCAGCGUGGCAUCUUCUUCAAAUCUUUGGGCUCUUGUAAUGGAUGCAGGGACUGGCUUCAGUUCUCAAGUUUAUCAAUUGUCUCCUUAUUUCCUUCACAAGGAGUGGAUUGUGGAACAGUGGGAGAAGAACUAUUACAUUAGUGCAAUAGCAGGGGCCAACAAUGGGAGCUCGCUAAUAGUUAUGUCUAAGGGCACACAGUAUGUGCAGCAAUCUUAUAAAGUUAGUGAAUCAUUUCCGUUUAAGUGGAUCAACAAGAAAUGGAGAGAGGGAUUCUAUGUUACUGCUAUGGCUACUGCAGGUACGAGAUGGGGAGUUGUUAUGUCUCGGGGUGCCGGGUUUACUGACCAGGUUGUGGAGUUGGACUUUCUUUAUCCAAGUGAAGGCGUUCAUAGGAGAUGGGAUGCUGGUUACCGUAUCACAUCAACUGCUGCCACGUGGGACCAAUCGGCUCUUGUUCUAAGCAUUCCCCGAAGAAGACCGACAGAUGAAACACAAGAGACUUUACGGACUUCUGCUUUUCCAAGUGCGCAUGUUAAGGAAAAAUGGGCCAAAAAUCUUUACAUUGCAUCCGUUUGCUAUGGAAGAACCGUAUCUUGA